AUGAAAUCGCAGAUGAGUUCGGAAUCUGAGGAUGAGGAAGAUCUGCCGCCGGAAUUGCGUCAUAAUCCCGAAGAAAUAAUGCGAGCGAAAGAACGGAACCCAGGCAUGUUUGUGAGUGCCUGGCAGGCUGAUGAGGAGGACAUUGAUAAGUGGACAAAGAAGCAGCUUAGGCGGGAUCCGAAGAAGCAGUUUGUGGUGGCCGCGGAACACGGGGAUAUGGUCGCCCUCCGUAGUAGCCUGGCUGACCUCACCCCGGCCGAGAAGGAGGAAUUCCUUCUUUUUACUGACGCUGAUGGCUACACGGCUCUUCAUCGGGCUGCCUAUGGCGGCCAUUACGAUGCUGUGGAAGUGAGUGCCUCAAGGGACGACGUAGUUUGGAAUGAUUGGCGUUCGACUAUCCUUAUGCCUGUCUGCAAAAAAGGAAAUAAGACAAAAUGCGAGAACUAUCGCGGCAUAAACUUCAUUGACGUUGCUGCGAAUGUCUUCACUAUUGUCCUUCUCAGAAUAUUCCACUCUGUACAAGACUCUAGGAAUUCCGCCAUGGCUACCAGCAACUGA